AAAGAAUGCUUUAGCUUCAAUGCUAAACGUAACUACAUCAGCCAGGAUGAUGAAUUAUCCCUGAUCAUGCGGUCCCUUGGCUUCAGUCCAACCAGCGAGGAGAUUGUCAGAUACUUGGGGAAAUACAAGGAUGAAGAUGGUAAGAUGAACUUUGCUUCAUUCUUGGACGUACUCCAUGAACACAGCCAGUUGGAAGAUGUCAAGACUGAAAUUUUGCAAGCUUUCAAAACUCAUGAUAUUGACAAGAAAGGCUAUGUCUCAGCUAAAGAACUUCGACACAUCCUUACCAACAUUGGAGACAGACUCACCGAUCAAGAAGUUAACAACCUUCUACGUGAGUUUCGAAUUUCCCCUGAUGGUCCUGUUCAUUACGAAGCUUUCCUGAAGCAAUUAUUAACUCCAUUUCCAGACUAUGAUCUGUUAUAAGCUGCCCGAUUAACCUAUUUUUGUUUAAUAUGAAUAAUCACCUACUGAACCUGUCAUUUAAACUUUACUGACCAGCAAAGCCUUUAAAAACAAUUGAGGGGAAACAUAAUUAGUUUUAGCUUGCAAGAGUUAACAGAAGGUACUUCUUUCUCUUCAGAUAUUCUAACCUAUAGAAAUAUAUGUCCUUUCUAUGUCUCAGUAGCUCUCUUUUACACUCUCUCUCUCUCUCCUUUCUUUGUGUGUGUGUGUGUGUGUGUGUAUGUAUAUAUAUAUAUAUAUAUAUACACACACACACAUAUAUAUAUAUAAAGGUUUUCCUUGACUGGGACUUUAAGUUUCGUCUGAUGUCUUAUUCAACCUCUGGCUGAAUAAACCACAAAACAAAAUUGGAAGUCCCAGUCAGAAUGAAUUUAUUUUUAUGACUCUACUUUCAGUAUUGAGUCUCUUCAUCAAACACAAACAUUGAUUAAUAAUUGAAUGACAAAAAAAAAGAAAAAAAAACAGGUGAUAUUACAGCUCUAAUCUAAUGAUUGCAUAACACCUGCUCUUUUGGUAGUCAUUUAUUCAUUAAUACUGCAUUCUGUACUUAUCUUCUGGUGCAUAUAAGAGUUUUGGUAGGAGAACAUUAGUGAAUUCUCUCCACCUCACUGCCAGAACUUUGUGAUGCUCUACAUUAUAAAUAUUUUGAAUUAUAACAACUGGUUAUUAGCCCUGCUAUGACAAAAUGGGAAUAUAAUUAUGUAUGUGUAUGCAUGCAUAGUCUUACUUUGAUAUUCUAAAUUUCUACAGGGAUUAUUGUCUUGUCAUUUCAUUUCUGCUUCCCUUGCAAAUCUAGAGACUAAGAUUUCUAAUCUAAGAAAUGUUUUCAACUUACUGGUUGGGGUCAUGGACACCCUAAAAUAAAUAUGAGCUCCAAAUGUGUGAACCAAUUCUGGAGGUAGAAGUUUUAUCUUGUAAUGUUAGAAUCAUUUCACUUCUUAUGCAUUACAGAUGCUCUUAGAAAUGACUUGAAAUUCACAAUAUCUCACACCUUUCAAUUUAUUAAAAUAUCAAGCCUUCAUGCCCUGCCAAAGGAGAUCAAUAUUAUCUCUGGAACACACUACUUGGGGUAAGUAUACAGAACAAAUACACUUACUGCAAUUCAACAAGCAACCAGAAUUUUAAAAAAACAAAUUCCUGAAGAUUCUUCUUUCUUUCCAUUAAAACACUUAACGAAAUAAACAUAUCAAUAUACAUAGAAAGUUAUAAAGAGAGAGUCAUGAAAUGAUAGAGUACAAGGCUGAAUGCAUACAAUAUCACCCUACAUACUGAGUUCAAAUCCUGUCAGUGGUGACUUAUUUUCCUCCUCCUGAUCAGCAUUUGAUAAAAUAAGAUGUUUUAAGGUAUUUUAAUUGAAAUUGCUCUGCACCUUUCAUCAAAACUUUCUCUUGGCCCAGGUCCAUUGAAAUUGUUCACUGAGAAGGGUAGGUAGAUGAAGAAAAUUAUUUACUUUUCUGUCUUAAAAAUUGGUGAAAUCUAGAGUUAAAUUGUAACUAAAUAUUAUCUGUACCUAAUGUGCUGAAAGAUAUUAAAGGUAUGGGUUGGUUUUCAGUUUUAUUGCAGCUCUGGUCUUUAUUGAUUGUUGUACUAUUGCUAAAUUUUGUUUCUUUAAAAAGCAUUAUUAAUGCAUUUUCUCCAUUUGUAACAGUAGAUAAGUUAGUCAUUAUGCAGAAACAUCCAUUCUAGGUAUUUAUUAAUCAUGUGCCUUACCAAUAUAUUUUUGGCCUUUGUUACAUAAUGAAAUCAAUUUUUUUAUAAACUUUUUCUAUAUUUAGAAAGCAUUCCAAAUUCUUUGUUAAGCCUUGUAAACUAUUUCCUCUUGCAACCCCUUAAUUGCCCUUUAACAUUGUAGACUGUCUACCUUGCAAAUAAGCAUCUCAUGAUAAAGACCACUCAAUCAGCUAAUUUUGUCUACUUCUUUAAAAUCCUCAGCAGUUAAUUCCAAAUAAAUGCAAUUUGCUUAAAAGUAUUGUUUUAUGCAGAAAAUUUUUUUGCAAAACAGAGUGCAAAAGAGAAAUAGAUAGUGAAACAGAACAAAACAAUGAACAGUGAAAUAUUUGGAUACAUCAGUGAACAAAAAGAAUUUAAAAAACUUUAUGGGAAGUAGAAAAAGAACCUGAAAUUUUAAUUAAAAUGUUAUUAGUCAUGUCAUAUAAUUGGGAACAAUCUAUAUAUUGUUUACAUAGCAAAUAGCCAGUAAGUGGAUAACAUUGCUUAUUCUGUUUGGAAUAAUUAGGACCUGGCUAAUAGAAUUCUUUCACCAUUGGGAACACUUGAAAAACAAAAAGGCGUAUUUCUGUCUCAUCUCAAUAUAAUUUGUGGAUCCUGAAAACCCUGUGACAGUGUCUGUCAUUCCAUUUGUUUGCAUACCUUUUUUGUGCGUUAAUUUUUUUUUCCACACUCCUACUGACAUUAGAAAUACUUGCAUCUGUCAGUUAUUAAAGUAGUUGUGUUUUCUCUGUACUUCUCCUAUCCUGAGAAUGAUAAACCUUUAGAUUUGUUUUCGAUAAUCAUUAGAGGUUGCUCAUGUAGUUUUUUUCUUUUUUUUUUUCUAAUCUUAAUUGUAUUUAUUAUUGCUAAAACUUUCAAGUUUAUUAUUUUAUUUUUAGAUGAAAUUUUAUUAAUCAGUGUUGUGAAAACUUUAAGUAUAAAGUUGAAGUUUUGUAUCUUUCCAUUCAUAUCAUUCUUAGGUAAACUUGCACAUUUAUAACAUUUAUAUAUUUGAAUUACAAAGAAUAAGAAGAACAUAAACAGUUAAAACAUUCCAGACAUAUCAAAGAUACAAUCUUUAACUCUUUUAAUAUCAACCUGCUUGUGCUAAUUAAUAUGUUCCUAUUUCAAUUAAAAUUGUGAUCAAAACCUGACAUUUAGGUACAUUUUAAUAUUUUAUGAUAAUUUAAUUAGUUUGAUCCUUAUUUAUGAGCCUUUCUCUACCAGCAAUAAACAUGCAUAUUUUCUCUAUACAGUAUCUUCCCCCCCCCCUCUCUCUCUCAGCUGUAUAUGGUGUCAAAUGUGCUGUAAUUGAACAUUUUAGAGUGGGCAGGUUUUGAUCCUAUACAUCUAUAACGACACUCAAAUUAUAAUAAUAAAAGAACAAGUGAUUUAAAGUUUUACAUAUCAGUUCCAAAACCAUGAAUCUGUUCUACUGAAAAUAUAUCAUUCUAUAUAGUGGUGUAUUUCAGCUAUGCAGACUUAUUUGUGAUUCAAAUGUUUUAUUUCUUUUCCUUUCUCCCCCUCCCCCUCUAGCUUUUCUGUCUAUUUAUAGCUUAGUUUAAUAUAACUUUUAUUUUUGCAUUAAUUUCAAUUCUCUAAUGUAUUUUAUUACUCUAAGAUGACAUUUUCUUGUAUAUUUGUGUGUGUGCAUAUAUAUAUAUAUAUAAGACUGGGGUAUGUUGUACCAUUUUAAUUCUGUGUUACAUGUUUCAUUACAAUGUGGGAAUACAUUUUAUGAAAACAUUAAUAAUAAUAUAAUAAAUUCAUACCAGAUAAAUACAUACAUGUUUUAACUUGUAGAACAUCUUCCAACUGUAAUGGAAUAUGCAGAUGUGCUUCAUGUGGACACAGCUUGGAUUAUAAUCCGUUCUAUGUGUGUGUGUGUGUAUAAAUAAAUGCAUGCACACACACACUCUCACCUUUUCAUUAGUGUCUUUUUUAGUAAGUUAGUUUAUGUUUAAUUCAGUCUAUCAUAGUUGAUGUAUUUGUCUCUAGCAGAAACAAUGAAGCACUAAACUUUAAAAUCCCACCAGACUGCUUAACCUUUCAUACUUAUUAAGACUACCCACACCACACACCGUACCACCUGCCCUUAAAAUAAAGAAAGAUAAAAGUGUUAAUCACAAUCCUACAUCACUGCCUCUUCUCUGACACUAUUUACAUUCCAGUAUCUCUAACUUCUCUAUAGUUUAUCUUCAUUUAAUGGAUCAGAGGAUUUAAAAUGAAGUAUUUGAUGAUAGAAAUAUAUUUUGAUUAUUAUAUUGGAAAAUUUCGAAUGCAAAUAACAAAUAUUAAAGCAUUUAUGUUUGAUUCUUCUAUAACAUUCCAUUGUUUAUGAUUUCAUUUUUUUUUUUGUUUUAAUUUUAUAAUUUUGGUAAUAAAAAUUAAAUGACUAUUUUUAUUGUU